GAUCGUCCCUCUUCCACCUCGUCCCCCUCCCCCACCUUACCUCACUCCCUCGUCCAUCAUGGCGCCUCUCGUCCCGUCGCAGGAGGAGCUCGAUCGCAGAAGGCUCAUCGACAUCAACCCGGAGACCGUCUCCAACAUCCCCUCGACAGAUUUCCCUGGCCAUUGGCCCGGCGAAUCGCACGAAUGGUCCCUAGAAAAAUUCAAGAAUGACCUCAAGAUCGAAUUCCACCGUAACGAGCAAUUCGAAGCGUCCUUUUCCCUGAUCGGUGUCGACGCCUCCAUCGCCAAUGCUUUCCGCCGUAUCCUCAUGGCCGAAGUGCCCAGCAUCGCCAUUGAAUUCGUCUUCGUCCACAACAACACCUCUGUCAUCCAGGAUGAAGUUCUCGCACAACGUCUGGGUCUGAUUCCCUUCAAGGGUUCGGUGGAGGGUAUCAACUGGAUGCGCUGGUUCAAGAAGCCCACCGAAGAUGAUCCGGAGGGCAGCAGCCCCGCCGACUACAAUACCAUCGUGUUGCGCUUGGACGUCGAAUGCACCAAGAACCCCGACGCUGAUCCCCAGGAAGAGGAUCCCCGCAAGCUUUACAAGAACGCGCAUGUUUACGCCAAGGAUAUCACCUUCCACCCCGUUGGUCGCCAGGAACAAUUCUUCGUUGGCAUGGAUGCGAUCCAGCCCGUGAACCCGGAUAUUUUGAUCGCCAAGCUUCGUCCGGGCCAGGCUAUCGAGAUGGAACUUCACUGCAUCAAGGGUAUUGGUGCCGACCAUGCCAAAUUCUCGCCCGUCGCCACGGCCUCCUACCGUCUCUUGCCCGAUAUCAAGAUCCUCCGUCCCAUCAUCGGAGAUGACGCCAAGAAGUUCGCCAAGUGCUUCCCCAGCGGUGUUAUCGGCCUUGAGCCGGUCACUCGGGAGGAGGCCUCGCAGAAGGGAAGCGGAUAUGAGGGCCACGAAGGCGAACAGAAGGCUGUGGUCGUUGAUGCAUUCAAUGAUACCGUCAGCAGAGAGUGUCUCAGACACGAGGAAUUCCAGGGCAAGGUCAAGCUCGGUCGCGUCCGCGACCACUUCAUCUUCAACAUCGAAAGUGUUGGCCAGUUCGACAGCGACAGCCUCUUCCUGGAAAGUGUCAAGGUGCUGAAGCUGAAAUGCGCCAGAUGGAAGAGGGGUUUGACGGACCUUAUGCGCUAAGUCAGGUCCAUGACUCAACCCGAAAAAUGAUUCAAAGCUAUAUAAUGCAUUGGCCUGGCGUUGGAUUGUCUUGUUGAUUUUGUACAUUUACGAAAAGUUGGUGACAACCUUCUUUACAAUUGCUGGGAGUCUGGACUGGGAUCUUUUUGAGAUAGAAAAAGCAGAUUUGAGUUCCUAGGUCUUGAAGAUGAUCAUAGCAGCAUCGGGAUUCUUGAUAAUGUAGUCGCAGGUCCAUCUCGAACAUGAUUCACCUG